AUGGUCCUAAAACCGCCCCACAGACCCGGUACAGUCCUAAACCGGCACCAGAGAGCCCGGUAUGGUCCUAAAACCGCCCCACAGACCCGGUACGGCCCCACAGAGCCCGAACUUGAUAUGGCCCUAAAACCGCCCCACAGAGCUCGGUAUGGUCCUAAAACCGCCCCACAGACCCAGUACGGCCCCACAGAGCUCGUGGACAGGUACAUCGCCAUGGCCAAGGACAAGCACGGCUACAACAUCGAGCAGGCCCUGGGCAUGCUGCUGUGGCACAAGCACGACGUGGAGAAGUCCCUGGCCGACCUGGCCAACUUCACGCCCUUCCCGGACGAGUGGACGGUGGAGGACAAGGUUCUGUUCGAGCAGGCCUUCAGCUUCCACGGCAAGAGCUUCGCCCGCAUCCAGCAGAUGCUCCCGGACAAGCUGAUCCCCAGCCUGGUGAAGUAUUACUACUCCUGGAAGAAGACGCGGAGCCGCACGAGCGUCAUGGACCGGCAGGCGCGGCGCCUGCUGGGCCGGCGCGACCGCGACGACAGACCCGCCAGGGACCCCCAAAACACCCUGAAACCCACCCUGAAACCCGCCCUGGGCCCCCAAAUCCACUCUGAAACCCACCAUGGACCCCCAAACACCCCUGAAACAUCCCCAGACCCACCCGGGACCCCCAAAGGGGCUCAGGGGGAGUUUGGGGGGGCUCGUGGCGGUCACAAGGCGUGCUUCCCCAAGGCGGGGCCGCGCAAGGAGCCGCAGUACCGGCACCACGCCCCGGCGCGGCAGCGGCGCCGCCCCCCCCGCGGGAUGCGCCUGAGCCGCGAGGACGUGGCCGAGGUGACGGCCAACCCCGACCUGGGCGCGCGCGCCCUGCGCCAGCUCGACUGCCAGCUGGUGGCCCUGAAGCGGCAGGUGCAGCGCAUCAAGCAGAUCAACAGCGGCCUCAGGCAGGCGCUGGACGGGGGCCUGGAGGGGCUGCGGCCGCCUGAGGCCAGCAGCAAGUUCAGCUCCCGCUGGACAACGGACGAGCAGCUGCUGGUGGUGCAGGCCCUGCGCCGCUACGGCCGCGAUUUCCCGGCGGUGGCGGCCGUGCUGGGCAACAAGACGGCGGCGCAGGUGCGGAGCUUCGUGCUGGGCCCCCGGCGCCGCCCGGGGCUGCAGCGGCUCCUGCAGGAGCCCCCCGAGCGCCCCCGGGCCCCGGAGCAGCAGCAGCAGGAGGAGGAGGAGGAGGAGUUCUGA